AUGUCAACUAGCUUGAAGGGUAUCACCAUCUUAGAAGAAAACUAAUACACUCGUGAGGUUUUGACUCCUGAAUGUUUACAAUUCGUUGCCACCUUACAUAGACAAUUCAACUCUACUAGAAAGGCCCUCCUCAGAGCCAGGAAAGAAAGAGCUUAACUCGUCGAUAGAGGUAUGGCCCUCACCUAUCCUCCUGAAACUAAGCACAUUCGUGAAGGAGACUGGAAGGUUGCUCCUCCUCCCAAGGAUGUUGAGAGAAGAUGGAUCGAACUUACUGGCCCACCCAAUCCUAAGCUCACCAUCAACGCUAUGAACUCAGGAGCUGACGUUUUCAUGGCUGAUUUCGAAGAUGCACUUGCUCCUACAUGGGUAAAUUAAGUCAGUGGACAAAAGACUCUUAUCUUAGCCAAUAAGAAAGCUCUUUAGUUCAAUGACAAAAAUAAGGAAUACAAGUUAAAUCCUGAUUCUUACACUGUUCUUUUUGUUAGACCUAGAGGCUGGCAUUUGGAAGAAACUCACUUAGUCAUCGACGGAGAACCAUGCUCUGCAUCAUUAUUCGACUUUGCAGUUUAUUUCUUCCACAAUGUUAGACUUAGACUUGCUAAUGGUUGUGGUGGAAUCUAUUACUACCUUCCUAAGAUUGAAGCCUACAGAGAAUGCAGACUUUGGAAUGAUGUCUUCGUUAAGGCCUAAUAACUAUUCAACUUACCUAUUGGCACAAUUAGAUGCACAGUCUUGAUCGAAACUUUGGGUGGUGGUCUUGAAAUGGAAGAAUUCCUUUAUGAAUUAAGAGAUCACAUUGUUGGAUUAAAUGCUGGUAGAUGGGACUACAUCUUCUCUGCUAUUAAGAUGCUUAAGAACAACAAAGCUGCUAUCCUCCCUGACAGAUCCCAAGUCACUAUGACCGUUCCUUUCAUGAGAGCAUACACAAACAGACUCAUUCAAGUAUGCCACAAGAGAGGAGCUCAUGCUAUUGGUGGUAUGAGUGCUUUCAUUCCUGCUAAGGAUAAAGCUUAGAAUGAAUUCGCUUUUAACAAGAUCACUGAAGACAAGACUAGAGAAGUUAACGACGGUUUUGAUGGAUCUUGGGUUGCCCAUCCAGGAAUGGUUAAGCACGCUAGAGAUAUAUUCGAAAAAUAUUUAAAAGGAAAGGCUAACCAAAAGUAGGUAUUACGUGAAGAUAUUAAAGUAACUGCAGAUGAUAUCACCAAUUUAACUGUUGAAAAACCUAUUACUGAAAAUGGUGUUAGAUAAAAUAUCAACGUAGCUAUUUAAUACACUUAUUACUGGAUUACUGGUACUGGAGCAGUUGGUCUCCAUAAUUUGAUGGAAGAUGCUGCUACUGCUGAAAUUUCCCGUUCCUAACUCUGGUAGUGGAUUAGAUAUAGAUGCAGAACUGACUCUGGAGUCUUAAUAAAUGAAGCCCUUUACAGGUAAAUAUCAAUUUCUUUCAAUAAAAAAAGAUUAAUUUAUAAUUAUUUUGAAAUUAAAUUUGUAGAGCUGUAAGAGAUGAAGAAGUAACUAAAUUAAGAUCAACUUUAACCAACGAAGUGGCUUUACAAAGAGCUGUUGAUGUUAUUGACAAAGUAGUCCUUGAUGAAACUUUCUACGAUUUCUUAACAGUUGAAGCAUAUCCAAUUUUAAAUAACUUAAAUGUCUCUCAUGUUACUCCUAGACUUUGAGAAGAAAAUAAACUAACUAUCCCAAUAUUUUAAAACUUAAAUGACUUUUUAUAAAUAUAAAAUAUUUUUAUAAUAAAUUUCUUUUAUUUUGCAUACAUAUUUGAAUAAUCUAUCUACCUAUCUGCAUAACAGUAUUUUACUUUUAAAAUAUGAUCAAUUCUAAAUAUUUUUUAGUUAAAUUUUAUUUAUAAAAUGA